AUGGCAUCGUACGUCGGCAAUCCGAAGCUCUUCCCCGUUGGGCAGUCCGAGACAGGCAUCGACUUUGGCGUAUUCUCGAUCGAGUUGGAGCGGACCAAGACGACGGCUUCCUUGACGAGGCGAAGCAGGGCUCAGUCGGUCGGAGGACCGUUUCGAGCGUCGCACAGGGUGACGACGUCGAUCCCAGACGUGCCCAGCAUGGCAUCGGCGCGCAUCACCGCCGGAAAGGCGACGGCAUCUGCCGAGCAUUCCGGCAUCAACCGCCGCGACGGUUCGAACGGCAGCACCGUUAGCGCCGGAUCGCCCCUCGUCCGGGGCAUCAGUGCAGACACGUCCAUCGACGACGAGAAGAUGCCGCUCAGCUCGCCGACGACCUCGCCGGCAUCCGGCAAGGCCAACCGGGGCAACAAGCUGUUCCACGCCUUCUCGUUUCCGGCGUGGCGCGCCUCUUUUUCGCGAUCCGGCUCUUCGUCGACCGAGAGCAGCGCGCAGACAGUCGACACCGCGGCGUCGUUGUCCUCCCAGCCGUCUCCACCAGCCGGCGAGAAACCGCUCGGCGAGGACGCGAAAGUGACAAAGAACAAGAAGCUGAAGAAGCACAAGUCCUUUGCCCACCUCGGCGACGAAGGUCGCGGACGGCGACCGUCAAAGCAGCGCAGCGAUGACGGACGUUUGGCGUCACCUUCUUCCUCGACGGGACCCGCCAAGACAUCGACAAUGGCGGAGCGUCCUUCGACGCUGCGUAAGGCCGAGUCGGUGCAGGACCUCUCUUCCCGCCGGGGGCGGAGGAGCAGCGGUAAGAGGGAGACUGAGAGGGCCGCCGCCGCCUCGACGGCCGCAGCCGCGUUCAUCGCCGGCUGCACCGACAGCGCCGAGACCUCCGUGCGACAAAGCAGCCCCAUCGGUGGCGGCGGCGGCGACAUCGACUGCCGCUCAAAGGGAGCAUUCAGCUUCCCUCAGGAGCCACAGCAGGAGCGGGAUGUCGACGACAAGAAGGGCGCGCGCAAACGCGCCGUGUCGUUCAAGGGCAUGCUUCGCCGCCGCAGCAACGCGGACCUCGCUCAGCGACCGGGCAACAGGUCGCCGCCGCCACCCAUGCCAUCCCUCCCGACCAACUGGCAGCAGACCACCGCUUCUUUGGCUGCCACUGCGGCUGCUGCCAGUGCGCACGCCCAUACUGCGAGCUACAAGAUCGACACGGACUUGACGGCGAGGCUGUACCCCGUCGACGACCCGUGGGACCAGUCCGGGCCUUCGACCCUCGCCCUUCCCUCGCCCAAGGCGCAUCCACUGACCAAGGCGGCGGAUGCAGCAGGAGGAAACGAGCCGGAGCGGUUCCGAACGCCGCCUCCUCCGCAGCGCUGGGACGCCUUCAGGUUCCCGCUGGCUCCUCCGCCUCCGCCGAUCUCGGUACCCCCGCGACCGAGGCAGGAUGCGGGCAUCCGCGUGGCCGCGCCGUCACCGACGACGACGACGACGACGACAAAGGCGACGGACACCGACACGGUGUUCCUCGACCGCCUGACGCUGCCGCAGCUCGACGCCAUGAGCCCGCUCAAGUGGAGCGGCUUCACGCCGCCCGGUAGCCGCGGCGGCAGCUUUGCCCACCACGGCGGCGACGGCGAUGGCGACGGCGAGGAUGCCGCCGACGAAUACAUGAACCUCGAUUCGGCGCCGUCGUCGCUCUCGACAUGCGAGUCUGGUAGCUCCAUCGACGAGCACGCGGGCGAUGCGCGGCCCAUCAUGUCCUUCUUUCCGCGCCAGAGCGUAGAGGACGCGCAGCACUUUGGCAUCGCCCUCUAG